AUAGUGCGCGUGCCUGGAUCUCUUGGUGACUCCGAAUUUCACCGUGAGUCCGUAGAAGAUACGCAAGUGAAGAAAGAACCAGGGGAAGAGGCGUCGUCGGAUAUCGGAUCGACGAAGACGCUGCUGAACAAAACGAGAUCCGCGGAUCGACAGAGUGCUCGGAGGACUUCUGUUGACGGAAUCGAGGGCGAUCUGGAGACAGAUCUAGAAGACAAACCUCAACAUCCUCCCCAGGUCCCAUCGGGGACCCCGGUGGAUCUUGGUGCGAACCGAGAU